AUGACGGUCUUCUAUCAUGAAGAGAAGCGCAGAGGUCGUUAUACACCUCACAUCUUGGGCUUGACGGCAAGUCCAACAUUUGGUUCUAAAGUCGAGGGUAUCAAUGCCCUUGAAACAACACUGGACGCCGUUUGCAAGAGCCCGACGAUGCACCGCACCGAUCUUCUUGCUUGUGUCAAGAAGCCGAAUAUGGCCUACGUCUCCUUUCGACCUCGGAGAGACUACAAAACUCCAAAUAGCCUGCGAAGCCUGAAAGAAGCCAUGCAAUGCCUCAAUAUCUUGGAUGACCCUUAUGUCCUUCAUCUUCAAUCUGAGGGGACCGACCGCAGCCAGCGCGCCCUCAUGGAAGUUCUGGAGAGCCACAACACCUACACAAAAAACCAAAUGACGUCGUUUGGUCGCCAGGCAAAUCAGAUAUUUCGUGACCUAGGUUCUUGGGCCGCAGAUUACUACAUCUGGGUAGUCAUAUCACGAUUCAUGGCUGCAUACCGGUCAGAAAGCAUCUUGCUGGACACGUGGAAGGACGACGAAAAACAAUAUCUUGCCAAGAUUCUCAGUCAGGUCGAGUGCUAUUGCCCGUCGGAGGAUUCCAUAAGUCGCGAGGUUCUCUCAGAAAAGGCUUUCAUUCUUAUCGAGCAGCUGUUACAAGACAAGACCGACAUCAUUGGCAUCGUUUUUGCCCGGGAGAGGGCAACGGUUUCGGUUUUGUGUCACUUGCUCGCAUCGCAUAAGCUGCUCCGAGCACGGUAUCGGACAGGGGCUAUGGUAGGCACUUCGCAGUUGCAGGCCAGAAAGAGAGACAUAUGGGAUCUCUCUCGGCCUGAGGACUUGCAAUCGCUGCAUCAGUUUCGAACUGGGAAGACCAACCUGCUCAUUGCCACUAGUGUUCUUGAGGAAGGCAUCGAUGUACCGGCCUGUAACCUGGUCCUCUGUUUCGACAACCCGCCGAAUUUGAAGUCCUUCAUUCAACGCCGUGGGCGAGCUCGGAUGAAGGAUUCCAAACUUUUGAUUCUACACGACGCCUCAGAGUCCACUCAGAGUGAGUGGGAGGCCAUGGAAGCGGAGAUGAAGAGCCAAUAUGAAGAACAAGAGCGAGAGCUUGAGCAUCUUCAAGAGAUUGAAAAUACGGAAGAGCCCAAAGAGAUGAGUUUCCUGGUAGACCAGACAGGGGCAGUCUUGGAUCUCGACAACGCCAAGCAGCAUCUUGACCACCUUUGCCGGAUGCUAUCACCAGGGGAGUUCAUCGACUGGAGACCCGAUUAUAUUAUCCAGAAGCUUGGCACAACAGAUGCGCCUGAUCUAAAAGCCACGGUGGCCUUGCCGAGCUAUCUCCCAUCCCACGUCCGCAUCGCCCAGAGCCAAAAGGCGUGGAAAUCAGAGAAGAAUGCUACCAAAGAUGCUGCUUUCCAGGCCUAUGUCAGCCUCUAUAAGGCAGGGCUUGUCAACGAUAACCUCUUACCUUUUAGACCGGAGGAUUUCGUACCCGGCGUUGACAAAAUACCAGCCAUUCUGCAGGUCAACGGUCUGCACAAUGCCUGGAUCAAGGUUGCCGAGGCUUGGAAAACCGGCGGUAGUCUGAGGUCGACCAGUAUUCUACUCAAGGAUACAACUGGAGCUAUCCAAGGAGAAUACGAGAUGGUUCUUCCGGUUUGGAUCCCAGGGCUGCAGACGAUACCCAUCUACCUGGACUACAACACCACAUGGUCACUCGAGUUCGGGGAACAGCUUCCCGUUGACGAGCUUACGAGCAAUGAUGACACAGGUGUGCUGCUCGCACUGCCGUACGGCCACCGCUGGGUAUCGGCAGACCUCCAACAGAUCGUCAGAUUCAGCGUAGCCGACGGCGCUAAUCUCUCCAUGAACCAAAUUGGAGUCAAUCAGUUCGUCGAAGGACAGAUGUCAACGCACGACCCGGCUUUCUUCAUACGUGAUCAGUCCGGGUGCCCUUACAUCUACGACGGCAUCAUUCCCAACAAGCCAGCACCCCAGUCUGUACAAAAGACGUUUCACGAGUUCGAAACGGCCCCCGAUGAUGUGCCAUACAUGGCACUCAAAAAAUGGUCUCGUAGAUCAGACUUUCUUCAUCGGCCGCAAAGCGAUCCCAGCCAAAGCCAAAGUACUACCAAGCCAUACAAUAGAGUCUACCCGAUGCCAUGGGCGAAGGUGGACACGAUACCAGCCAAGUACGCUCAGUUUGGGGUGCUAAUCCCUUCCAUUCUGCAUCGCAUCGAAACCUACCUUGUCGCACGAGAGCUAUCUAUGGGUCUUCUGAGGCCAUUGGCGAUCUCUGAUCCAGCUCUCGUACUUACAGCCAUCAGUACGGGGAGUGCGACCGAACCCACCAACUAUGAAAGGAUUGAAUUUCUCGGAGAUUCCAUCCUCAAAUUUUCCGCUACGAUUAACGUGGCCGCAUUGAACCCUCAUUGGCCGGAACGGCUUCUCUCGUUCAAGAAAGACGGCAUUGUCGCGAACUCGACUCUCUGCAAAGCUGCCAUUAAGCAUGGUCUUGACAAAUUCAUUCUCACCAAACCAUUCACAGGGCAGAAAUGGCGACCAAUCUACGUGGACGACGUUCUCAAACACGGCGAGACGAAGUCCACAAGAAAGAUCUCGACCAAGACGCUCGCGGAUGUUGUCGAGGCUCUUAUUGGGGCCGCGAUGAUCGACGGCGGCCUGGAGAAGGCGUUGAAGUGCAUGUCGAUCUUUCUCCAACAGAUCAAGUGGAAGACCCUGGGCGACUGCAGACAGGCGUUGUACGAUGUCUCUCCCCCUGGCGUGGAGCUUCCUUCAACCCUCGAACCUCUGGAGCAGCUCGUCGGCUAUGAGUUCAACAAGAAAGCUCUUCUGAUCCAGUCCAUGACGCACGCUUCCUUCAACCUUGGAAAUACAUUUGGAUGCUUGGAGCGCCUCGAGUUCAUCGGAGACUCGGUUCUCGACUACGUCAUUGUCAAACGCCUCUUCGCCGUCGAACCUCUACUCCCGCACCAGACUAUGCAUCUCCUCAAAACAGCCAUGGUAAACGGCGACUUCCUCGGCUUCCUUUCUCUGGAGCAGUCCGUCAGCCAGGACGAGGUCCUCCUCGGCGAUCACAGCGGCAAGGAACCCAACCUGCAGCACUCCCGCUUCGCCCUGCCGCUAUGGAAGUUCAUGCGCCACCAGUCGCCCGCCAUCGCUCUUGAGCAGAUUAAUGUGUUCAAGCGGUACACCAGGCUCAGGGAUCAGAUCAUCGACUCGAUGGAGAGGGGCCAAACGUAUCCCUGGGCACUCCUCGCCCGCAUGCAGCUCCGCAAGUUCUACUCGGACAUUUUCGAGUCUCUUCUCGGCGCCGUUUACAUCGACUCUGGAGACCUGGACGUCUGCGCCCAGGUUGUUGAGCGCUUCGGCAUCCUGGGAUACCUGGACCGCAUCAUACAGGACAACGUGCACGUGCUGCAUCCCAAGGAAGAGCUGGGACACCUCGCCGACAAGGAAAGCGUGACUUAUGCUCUCGACGUGCGGCAGACGGACGACGGCGACAAGGAGUAUCUCUGCAAGGUCUUGGUCGGCACUCGGUGCGUCGUCGAGGUUGACGGGGGCAUUACCAGGGACGAGGUCAAGGUCAAGGCCGCGGAGGCGGCCGUAAACAUACUCAAGGCGGAAAAAAUGGCGGAAAGGAUAAAAGGCAUGGCGAUUCAAGAAAAUAAUGAUGACGCAGCCGUGGGGCAUGCAAGUGACUGA